AUGCCAAAGCCUCGGACGAAGCGAGCCGUCGUGCGAGAAGAGCGCAAGCGCAAGCGCCAUGAAGAAAAUGUGGCCAGCAGACCCGAGCCGAAGCGCGCGCGCCAAUAUGAAGAGCCGGCGCACCACGGCGACCCGGGCGAAAAGGAAUUCUUCGGCAUGCUGGCCGACGAAGAACAAGAGUACUUUCGCAGAGCCGACGAGAUGCUCGAGCUCAACGACUUCCCCUCGCCCCAGGACCGCGAUGUCUUUGUCGACAGCGUCUACCGCGAGGCCCAGGGCAAGGAGCUCAAGCUGGCCAGCAGCCAGUCUUGCUCGCGCCUCAUGGAGAGGCUGAUCCAGCUGUCCAAAACGGCCCAGAAGAAGCGCCUGUUUGAAGCCUUUGCCGGCCAUUUCUCCUCCCUGGUCCAGCACCGCUUCGCCAGCCACUGCUGCGAGGCCCUGUUCCUGCGGUCUGCCGGCGUCGUCACCCAGGAGCUCGCUGGCUUUGACGGCUUCGUCCUCGAUACCAAGGGAAAAGACGUCGAGGAGCAGGAGCCCGAGGCCUCUAUGGAGAGCCUGUUUCUGGCCACGCUCGACGAGCUCGAGGGAAGCCUGAGCUUCCUCAUCACCGACCGCUUCGCCUCGCACGCCCUGCGCGUCUUGCUGCUCGUCUUGUCCGGCCGGCCCUUGGAGGAUGCAUCGACAAAGACCCUCGUCAAGAGCCGCAAAAAGGAGCACAUCUCGGUCGCCGGCUCGGCUGCUGCUGAUGCACAGAACCAAGGUCUCCGCGCCGUGCCCGGUUCUUUCACCAUGGCCGUUACCAAGAUCAUCAACGACACGACCGCCGAGGUCGACGCAACGGGCCUUCGGGUGCUGGCGAAGCAUCCGAUCGGCAACCCUACGCUGCAGCUGCUCCUGGAACUCGACAUGACCCUCAACAAGUCGGACCAAAAGCCGGACCCUGACCGGCCGUCGUUGCUUCAGCAGCUUCUCCCCGGCGCCCCUCAGUCUCUUGCGGACGAGUCCUCAGAGGCAUCGGAGUUCAUCAACGGCAUGGUGUACGACCAGAUUGGCUCGCGGCUGGUUGAGACUCUCGCCACUCACUGUCCGGGAAAGAUCUUCAAGGCGCUGAACCACAACAUUUUCCUCCCCCGCAUUCAAGGGUACGUCCGUAACGACAUUUCAUCGUACCCGGCGAUCAAGGUGCUCAACCGGCUGGGCAAGGACGACCUCAUCGAGGCGGUUGGCAAGAUUGCGCCCACCGUCCCCCAGCUCGUCUCCAAGACGAGGUUCAACGUUUUGAAGACGCUGUUUGAACGAUGCGCCGUCCGGGGCGCCUCGGACGAGAUCAAGCAGCUCAUGAAGGGCUUGAGGGAGGGUUGUGGAAGCCAGGCGGCCGACCUGGUCAUGACGCUUUGCUGUUUGGGCAAUGAAAAGGAGAAAGCAAAGGACGUUGAGCAGCUCACGCGCAAUCAGUAUGCCAUUCAGUCACACGGCGCACAGCUGUUGACGACUCUGCUCUCUAUUCCCGGACCUUCCAAAGGUGUCCACGAAGCCAUCCUCGCCCUCCCAAGCGACCUCCUCGUCCGCCUCGCGACCACUUCGAUGCCCACCGUCACGCUCUUGACCAGCGCUCUCCACACGCCGUCCGUCAACUCCAUCUUUCAAAAAUCCAUAGUGAGCGCCCUCUCAGCGCACGUCUCGGAACUCGCAGUUUCACAGUUUGGACACAACCUCAUCAACGCCAUUGCCGAGGUUCCCAGCAAAGGCAAGGAUCGCAGCGUGCCGUGCCACAUGAAAGAGGCCGUGAUGCAGCAGCUUGGGGCUCACGAGGCGGAACUCAGGGACUCUUGGAUGGGGCGGAGUGUCUGGCGAACCUGGAAGGGCGACAUGUGGAAGACGAGGCGAGGGGACUGGAAAGCAUGGGUGAAGGAGACGGAUGCCGCGCAAAAGGAGACACAGCCGGUGCGAGCGCGGAGGGAGACCAAAAUAGGUGACAAAUUGGCCGUGAGGGAGACUGUGAAGAGGGAAAAGACGAAGAGUGCAAGGGAGGGGGAUGAGGAGCAGAAGGAGGACAAAAAGACGAAGACGACAGAGCGGGAGGAAGAGGAGCAGCAGCAGCAGGAAGCGAAGGAGGAGGAGAAGCAGAAGAAGAAGAAGAAGAAGGGUGAAGCGGAAGAUGAGAAGGUGAAGAAGGAGAGCAAGAAGAAGAAGAAGACGGAGGGGGAGGAGGAGGAGGAGGUGAAGGAUGACGAGACAAUGAAGAAGAGUAAAAAGAAGAAGACGCCGACGGAGGGGCAGGAAGGUGUUGAGGAGGAGCCGAAGAAAGUCGGCCAACGCAAGGAGAAGAAGAGCAAAAAGGAGAAGAAGGCGAGAGAGUAG